AUGGGCGAAGGGACGAAGCGGCGUUCCACUUCCCCGGCUUCUCUGUCGGGCAAGAACCCAAAGCGGCGGAAGGAGCAAGAAGAGGACGAAGAAGAAGAAGACAACGAAGUACCUGAUUCUCCCCCUCCACCCCCUGGUGAUUCAGAUAGUGGCGAUGAGUCUGAGGAAGGCGGAGAGGACGAGAUCGUUCACCAAGGAGCCCAUAAACUAAAGAAGAUGGUUCUGCAGAACUUCAUGUGUCAUCGCAUGUUGGAACUCGACUUUGGCGAUCGAAUUACUUUCAUCACUGGAAAGAACGGCAGCGGGAAAAGUGCGACAAUGAAUGCGCUCACGGCAGUAUUUGGUGGAAAACAGACUGAUACGGGAAAGAAAGGCUCCGUCGUUGGUUGGAUUCGUAGAGGUCCUAGCGGGCGCCAGCAGAAGGCAACCAUCAAAAUUACGAUCAGCAAUGAGGGCCCUAAUCCGUACAAGUAUGAAACUUACGGAAGCGACAUCACUUUCGAGCGGCAGAUCACGGCCUCAUAUUCGAGCUACUACUUGACGGGCACAAACAGCCGACGCGAAAAAGUUACCGCCGCGCAGAUCAAGCUCAUCGCCAACUACUUCAAGAUUCAGGCGACGAAUCCCUUCACGAUCAUGACACAAGAAACGAUCAAGAACUUCAUGAAGGGAAACCCGAAGAAGCUUUACGAGCACUUCUCCCGCGGUACGAGCAUCGACGAGCUCAAGAGCAGCUACAACGAAAUGCGCGAUAAUUGGGAGGAGCAGAAGGCGAAACAGCAAAGGCGAGUGACAGACCUGAAAGAGCAAAAAAAAUUGAAGGAAGAGGCCGUUGGAAAGCUUAAGCUUUGCGAAAGAAAGCGAAGCGCUCAAGCCAGACAACUCCAACUCGACAGUUUGGAAAAGUGGACGGAAGUGCCUCUUGCUGAGGCACAGUUAAAGAAAGCCACGAAAAAGGUUGCCGACUACGAGAACCUUUUGGAACAGGUCGAGGAUCGAGAGAAAGAUAAACAGGCACUCCUUAAUAACCAGGAUGAUGGAGUGGAUGAACGAGACCGUGUUAGAAUCCAGGCGGAGUUAAAGGACUUUAAGGACAAAGUGAGCGCGUUGGAAAAGGAGCAGAAGAAGCAGGAGGCCGAGCAAAACAAAGACCUUCGCCUCAAGUCAAAGCUGGAGGAUGAUAUUACUCACGCUGAACGAAAGAUCACCAACUGCAAGCGUCAGCUGAAGUCUUACAAGGACAACCCUGUCGUCGAGAAACAGGCUCAAUUGGAGGAAGCGCGUCUUGCUAAUCGUGAACUAAUGGAAGAGAAAAAACUCAAGUUGGUUGAGGAAGUAGAGCCUACCAUGAAAGAAGCUAGAGAGCAAUUGGAGAUAAUUGUCUCGAAUAUCGACGGAGCCAGGGCUGCCAUCCAUCAAGGCGAGAAGCGCAUUCAAGAGUUAGAGCGGGAAAGGGACGAGAUCCGACGACGAUCCUCGGCGAAAGAAAAUAAGUUUGGUCCUUACGCCGGGGAGAUUGCCCGGAAGAUUGCAACUGCUCGGUGGAUUAAGGAGCCUGUUGGCCCGAUUGGCAAUCACAUUGAUAUUCACGAUAGCUACCAAAAAUACGCCGGUGUUAUCGAGAAACAACUUGCCGCCACUCUCCAUGGAUACAUCGUAUUCACUCUGGAGGACAAGAUGAAACUGACUGCGAUCAUCAAGAGCAUCACCAACAACGUGCCCAGCAUCUACCAGCAGGACUUUGUGUCGGACUCCUUUCGCAACCGACGAAGUUUCAAGGAGGCGUAUCAUACGCGAUACCCUUCGGGACUCAAAGUCUUGAAAAUUAAUCAUCUCGCUGUGGAGAAUCUGAUCAUCUCUUGGAGCCAGUUGAACUACUUCUUGCUCUGCGACGAUGAAGAGGCUGCUCAGGACAUUGCUCAGUCCGAAGUAAGUAACCCCGGUGGAUCGAACUACCCGAGUGUGCUAACCACGAAAGGCGGCGAGUUCAAGUACCGUUCUGGUGUCAGUGGAGGAAGUAACGAUCUCGUCGCGCGUUAUCUGUGCGAGUCCAACGAUUUCCAGAGUAUCACCGACCAGAAUGCAAGGGAUCUUGGACAAGCGAAACGGGAGCACGAGGCCUAUCAGAAUGAUUUCAAAAAAUGGCAGAAAAGAGCUGGCGAAAAGAAGGACGUUAUAAGAAAGAAGGAGCAGAUUCGUGCAAACUUAGAUAAUCUGAUCAAGGGAUGCAUGAGGAAAGAUGAGCAUUUUGAGAAGCAGCUCCGAGAACUCGUUGUCAAUACUGACGGCCGUCAUGCGCAGUUGAUGACCGAGAUCCAGCACAGCCAGGCAGAGAUCGAUGCGAAGAAAGAUCAGCUUGUAGGCAUCGAAGAAAGAAUGGAAUACGCGGAACGCAAGAUUGAUGAAAAGAAAGAAGUUUGCGCUCGUGAGGGAGAAAUGCUCGACAAACGCAUGCAAGAGCUUGAGGCCCUAGAAGCACGAAAACUUCGCAGGGAAAAUGACGCCAGGAAAAUCGAGAAGGAACUGAAGGAGAUCAAGCUGGCGAAGAAAGAUGUCGAAGAUAAGAUCGUCGCGAAAAAGGCUGACGUGGAGAAAUGGAAGAAGGAAGCUGAAAACGCCGUUCGAAUCGCGGAAAGCCACUGCGAGCGCCCAACCAAACCGCUUACGAAAAAGCUGCUGACUGACGAGCGGGAGAAGAUCUCUCGUGACUUGAAAAUCAAUGUCAAGAGCUCCGACAAGGAUUACGAAGACAUCAAGCGAGCCGCGGAGGAAGCAGCCGAGACCUACAAGAAGAAAAAGACGAAUCUCAAGGCUCGUCAAAUCGCCACUGGGAAGAUAGAAGCUGCAGUGAGAAUUCGCCUCUCGGAGCUCAAUAGCCUUGUUGAGGAUCAAGCUCAACGAGUCUCCCACUUCUUUAGCCACAUCUGCCGAGGAAACAAAUACGAGGGCGAGUGUAAAAUCAUCCCAGAGAAAUUCGACCUCAACGCUAAAAGCCAAAGCCAAGGAACGAUCACCAUCAACAUGUCAAAGAUCGUCGGUGACCAAAAGAUUGACAUGGAAGCCCUCUCAGAAAUGGGCAAGAAUAAGGGCAACACAGCGACUCUCUCCGGAGGGGAGCGAAGCAUCAGCACGGUCAUCCUUCUCAUCGCGAUUUGGCACGCCACAAGCUCGCCAUUUCGAUGCAUCGAUGAGUUCGAUGUUUACAUGGAUGCCCACCACAAACAUAUGGCGACUCACAUCUUAUGCCGCUACGCAGAAACUAAUCCGGGCGCCCAAGUCAUCUUCCUCACUCCCCAGGGCCUCUCUGACGAUCAGAAAGGUCUCCGCAAACAGUUUGGUGACAUCUUUCAGUUCCUCAAAAUGAAGGACCCCACUCGCGCCGAAUAA